AUGGCAGCCAUUCAACUCGAUGAUCGUGAUCGGACUAUCGCCAUGGGACGAGGUCUAUAUAGAUCUUCAUCUCCUGGAACAAUAAGACUAGAGACAAGAGUGAAAGAUCUUGAAGAUCAAUUGGAUGAAGAACGUUCUCUACGAAUAAAGACGGAAAGGGAGCUUGCUGAAAUUAAUGCUGAGUUCGACAUAUUAAAUGCAGAUUUUCAAAAUGCUAGAGAACAAAUAAGUCAACAAGAGGAAACUAUCAAAAGACGGGAACAAGAGUUUGCUCGUGUUCAUAGAGAGCUGGGUACAAUUCGUGAUGCAAAUGAAGAAAGUUUGGAAAAUUUAAGACGUCGUCAUCAAACCACAGUCAAUGAUCUUAAUCUUGAAAUAAAUGUUCUUCAAAAAGCGAAAUCCAAAGCUGAAAAAGAAAGAUCUGAAAUGGCUAGACAAUUGGAAAAUGCUUUUAUUGAAGUUGAAGAUGCUAAUAAGGCGAAAACUGUUGCUCAAUCAAAACAAGAAACACUUGAAUCUCAAACUAUAAGAUUGAGAGCGAACUAUGAAGAGAGUCAAAAACGUAUUACAGAACUUAAUUCACAAAAUGCUCAACUCAUUGCUGAAGCAACUGAACAGGCUAGAACUAUAGAAAAGUUAAAUACGUCUUUGGCAAGUUGUCAGAGAGCACAAUCGAUUGCUGAAUCAGUAGGAGAAGACCAUAAGAGAGCUUUAGAAGAAGAAAUAAAGACUAGAACCUUAGUACAAAAUAAAUUAAAUACAGUACAACAAGAAUUAGAUACAUUAAUUCAUAGAGCAGAUGAUGAAGCUGAAAGUGUAGUGAAACUUCAAACUCAAGUUACUAGACUUACAAGUGAAUUAACACAAACUAAAACAAAAUAUGAAAAAGAAUUCAAUGAGAAAACUGAAGAAUUUGAUGAACUCAAACGUCGUUUGAACAAUCGUAUCAAUGAAUUAACAGAAUCCUAUGAACUUGAACGUGGUCGAGUUAUUAGUCUUGAACGUACCAAGAAUCAAUUAGCUAAUCAAUGUCAAGAAAUACAAUCUCAAUUAGAUAACUUAUUUGCUGAAUGCACUGAACAUGUUCAAACUAUCAAAAGCCUGGAAAGUCAAAAGACAGAACUGGAAUCGGUUUUAGAAGAAACUCAAACUGAAGAAAGUAAUUUACGAACAAAAUGCGGUUUAUUACAAAGGGAUCUUAUUCAAAUCAGAGCUGUUAAGUCUGAGCUAGAGGAACGUUUAACGGUGUUGGAGAAAGAGAACAAACAAAAUACUGAAAAACUAAAAGAAACUAAAGAACGUUUGUCAGUUGUUAAUCGACAAGUUACGGAUUUGGAGAGUUCUCGAGCAAGACUAGAAACGGAAAGAGACAAUCUAGACUCUACAUUAAAAGAUACAGAAGAUGCUUUACAUGAAUGUGAAACUCGUUACCAAACAACAUAUUCAGCUUUAAGUACAUUAAGAAAUGAAUUUGAACGUCAAUCAAGAGAUAAAGAGGAAGAAAUGGAAAGUUUAAGACGUUCAAGUCAACGUAAUGUGGAAAAUCUUAAAGCAACUGUAGCAGAUAUGGAAAUGAAAAAUCAAAAUGAAUUAGAUCGACUUAAAAAGAAACUAGAAGGAAAUAUAAAUAAUUUACAAGUUCAAUUAGAAGAUGAAAAAGCUGCUCAUUCAGAAACUAUUAAAUUACAUCAAGAAGCAGAAGCACACAUUUGUCAAUUAGAAAUAGAUAUAACAGAACUAAAUAAUUUGGUUUCUGAAACUGCAACCACUUUACAGAUAUGCGAAAGUCGUCGAUCUGCCUUAUCAAAUGAAGUAGAAAGCUUAAAAAGUCAAUUAGAAAUCACAGAAAGAUUAAAACGAAAACUGGAAGAAGAGUCAUCGGAAAAUAUGUCAAAAUUUGGUGGUUUGACAAUACAAAUAAAUAAUUUGACAGCAGAAAAACGAAAACUUGAGGGUCAGAUAGCUGUGCUUGAAGGUGAUUUGGACGACGCUACAGGUGCAAAAGAUGUUGCCACAGAGAGAGCAGACAGACUUCAAAAUGAAGUUAACCGUCUGGCUCAAGAACUUCAAACUGAACAGGAGUCGUCACGUCGAGCAGAUACUGCAAGAAGGCAAUUGGAAGCCGAACUAAAAGACUGCAAUGCUAAGAUUUUGGAAAGCCGAAGAGCAGCUGAUACAGCAGAACGUGAAGCUGAUGAUGCCAAAAGUCAAGCCGAGAUUAAAAUACGAGAGUUGCAGCUAGCUUUGGAAGAAGAAUCUAGAAAGUCAAGAGAGGCCCAAACUCAACUAAGAAAAUGUGAGAGAGCACUCAAAGAAUCAGUACAAGCUGAACAAGAUGCUGGGCAUAUGGUAAACGAACUACGUGAGAUGGUUGAACGAGCUCAAACAAAACUGAAACAAACCAGGAAACAGUUAGAAGAAGCAGAAAAUGCUGCUCAAACUGCUUCAAUGAAAUAUCGUAAAGCUCAACAACAAGUGGAUGAUGCAGAUUUACGUGCUCAAAUGGCUGAAAGACGUAUAGGUUUAACUGCUCAAGAAGAUAAUGUAACAACUUAUGGAAAUUACAAUAGACAACGAUCUGGUAGUCUUUAUCCAACUAGAACAAGAAAUUAUUCAGUAACACGUGAAGGAUCCGUAUUUAGUGUUAUGAGUGAAUUACCAGCCUCUCCACAUAAAACUCGUUUUCAAACAGCUAUUCCAAAAUGGAGUAAUCGACAUGAAUUAGGAAAUUAUCAAAAAGAAAAUGGUAGUUCAUUAAGUCUUCUUGAUCUACCACCGGCUGAUACAAGUUGUAGUUGAUUCUACAUUAAUCAAUUAGACUAGUAACAAAUUAAAUUAGUCACAUUUUUUGUUCACCCUUUUAUUACUAUUAUCCAUAUAAUCAUUUACAUUUUAAUGUUUUGACAACUUUUCAUAUAAUUCCAUCUUAUUACUUUGUAAAAGAAUUGAAUUACUAGUAAAUGUUUAUUAAUAAUUUCCAUUUGCCAUACCCUGUUGAAAUGAAUUUUCUUUAAAGUGAUUCACUUUAAACAAAUCCAUAGUUGAAUGUUUUUUUUCUUUUUUCUUUUUUUUUUAAUUUUACAACCAACUGGAAUUAGUGAAUUAAUUUCAAUGAUAACAUUUUUCCUUUUUUUUCCCAAAAAAAGAAAGAAAAAUGAACCACUUAUGUUAUACAUGGCAUAACAUUUGGUUUAUUGCGCAUUAUUAUUUGUUUAGUCUAGUGUAUAUUUGUGUUUCAUAUUUUGAAUGAAUUAAGUUUAUCAGUAUGUUGCUCUUUUUUCUUUUCUUUUCUUUUUUCUUUUUUUCAGAGGAAAAUUCCUUUAACCACGAAUGAUUAUUAGUUAACAUUGUAGACCAUAUUAGUAAACAUUAUGAUUUUAUGAAUCAUUAUUGGUAAAACAGUUUCAUAUUGAUUAAUUAAACCCUUUUCUUUUCUAUAUUCUCCUUUAUUUAGUGACCAAAAAUAAUGUUUAUACAAAAAAAAGAGGAAAAAAUUUCUUUCUUUCGUCUU